CCGACGAUACGUGCUUUUGGCGCUCAAAAUAUGCUACUGAGUGAGUUUGAUAACUACCAAGACAUUCACAGUUCCGGCUACUAUAUGUUUUUGGUAACAAGUCGCGCUUUUGGUUACUGGCUUGACUGUUUCUGCGUACUUUAUAUGGCCGUUACAACACUGAGCUUCUUUAUAUUGUCACCCGACAAUGGCGGCGAUGUUGGUUUAGCUGUAACUCAGGCCAUGGGCCUAACAGGCAUGGUUCAGUGGGGUAUGCGACAAUCCGCUGAACUCGAAAAUGGCAUGACCAGUGUCGAACGUUUAGUAGAGUAUGACGAGCUUGAACCUGAGGGUGAUUUGGAAAGCAAGCCAGGCAAAGCACCUCCAAAGACAUGGCCUGAGCAGGGUAAAAUCGUCUUUGACGAACUUAGUCUGCGCUAUACCCCGGAUCCAAAGUCUGAUCGCGUGCUGAAAUCGCUAAGCUUUAAAAUACUGCCCACUGAAAAGGUGGGAAUUGUGGGGCGGACUGGGGCAGGCAAAUCGUCGCUCAUAAAUGCGCUCUUUCGACUGUCAUUCAAUGAGGGUUCUAUCAUCAUAGAUAUGAGAAAUACUGAUGAGCUGGGCUUACACGAUUUGCGUAGUAAAAUCUCUAUUAUACCGCAAGAACCGGUGCUUUUCUCUGGUACAAUGCGUUAUAAUCUAGAUCCAUUCGAUGAAUACGCUGAUGCGAAAUUAUGGGCUGUGCUUGAGGAGGUCGAACUAAAGAAUGUUGUGGCAGAGCUCCCGAGUGGUUUGCAGAGCAAGAUCUCAGAAGGUGGCAGCAAUUUUAGCGUCGGUCAGCGCCAGUUAGUGUGCCUAGCACGUGCCAUACUGCGUGAGAAUAAAAUUUUGGUGCUUGAUGAGGCGACUGCAAAUGUAGAUCCACAAACCGAUGCACUUAUACAAAUGACCAUAAGAAAUAAAUUCAAAUAUUGCACGGUGCUCACUAUAGCUCAUCGCCUAAACACGGUUAUGGACUCGGAUAAGGUGCUGGUGAUGGAUGCUGGUCGAGCGGUGGAA